CCUAGCCCUUUUGAGUUUUUGCAUAUCAACUCGGACCCCCUCCCUCUUCACCGCCGUGCACUUUGGGGAAAAAAACCUUUGGAAAAAAAGUGAAAUAGACUGACUUAAAGACAGAACACCAUCUGGUUUUUUUUGUGUUGCUUCCCAUCUCUUGGAAACCUUUUCCCCCAACACUCCACACACACCCACAUCACUGUGGAUGAGUGUCACAUCCGUCUCAUUACUUCCGGACUGAAUUGCCCGUUCUCUGCCUGUGAGAAUAGCUUCUGUUGCCUCUUCACGUCAUCACUCAGAACUGACACGUACAGUUAACCCUAGGAAACGGUCCCGGAGGAAGUAGUUCAGGAUGGCGCUCAAUGUGCUGGGUCUGGUGGUGAUGGCGGGCUUCUACCUGCUGAUCCUGGCAACGGGCAUCUGGGCGUCCAUGCGCUCCAAGAAGGCCGAAAAGAAGUUCCUGGGCGACGGCAUGGAGAUGACGCUGCUGGCCGGACGCGACAUCAACCUGCUGGUCGGCAUCUUCACUCUGACCGCCACGUGGGUGGGCGGAGGCUUCAUCCUCGGCAUCGCGGAGGCCACGUACAACCCGACGAUGGGCGCGGUGUGGGCACUCAUGCCCGUGCCGUACGUCCUCACCUUCUUCCUCGGUGGGGCUUUCUUUGCCAAGCCUAUGAGAGAGAACAAGUAUCUGACAAUGAUGGACCCCUUCCAACAGAAAUAUGGCAACGUUUUGAGCACCUUGCUGAUCUUUCCCGCACUCGUGGCUGAUGUCCUGUGGGUGACGCGCACGCUCGUCAGCCUGGGUGGAACGAUGAGCGUGAUCCUGGAGCUGUCCUACUUCUACUCCAUCGUCAUCUCCGCCGUGGUGGCCAUCAUCUACACGCUGAUGGGGGGGCUCUACUCGGUGGCCUACACGGACGUCAUCCAGCUCAUCCUCAUCUUCAUCAGUCUGUGGGUGUGUGUUCCCUUCCUGUUGACCAACCCUCACUCUCUGGACAUCUCGCUGACGGCCUACAACCAGACCUUCCAGGCCCCGUGGGUCGGCACGGUGGAGCCCUACGAGGCCGGCAAGUGGUUCGAUGACUUCAUGCUGCUGGCUCUGGGCGGUUUGGCCUAUCAGGCGUUCUACCAAAGAAUCCUGUCUGCCUCGUCUUACACCCAGGCUCAAGUGACCUGCUACGCCUCCUCGGCCUUCUGCCUGGUGCUGGGUAUCCCCUCCAUCCUGGUGGGGGCCGUGGCCGCCUCCACAGACUGGAACUCGACCGCUUAUGGCUUGCCGACCCCGUACGAGCGCGACCAGGCGGGCUCCAUCCUCCCCAUCGCCCUGCAGUACCUCACGCCGCCAUACAUCUCCGUCAUCGGCAUCGGAGCCGUGGCCGCCGCCGUCAUGUCCUCCAUGGACUCGGCCCUGCUGUCCUCGGCCUCGAUGUUCUCCUCGAAUAUCUACAAGAACAUCUUCAGGAAGCAGGCGUCCGACUGUGAGAUGCAGUGGGUGAUCCGUAUCUCCGUGGUGGUGGUGGGCCUGGCCGGCACCGCCCUCACCUUCCUGGACAACAGCGUCCUGGUCUUCUGGCUGGUGGGCGUGGACAUGUCCUACACCAUCAUGUUCCCCCAGCUGGUCUGCGUCCUCUUCUUCAAGAUCUCCAACGGCUACGGGGCGUCGCUGGGCUACCUGAUGGGCAUCGUCCUGAGGCUGCUGAGCGGCGAGCCCCUCAUCGGCCUCCCGCCCGCCAUCCGCUUCCCCGGCUGCCGCAUGGACCAGGAGGGAAACCUGAUCCAGUACUUCCCCUUCCGCACCACCAUCAUGAUCAUCUCGCUGCUGUCCAUCCUGCUCUUCUCCUGGCUGUCGUCCAUCCUCUUCAACAAAGGCCUGCUGGCCGAGAGGUGGGACGUGUUCAAGAUCAAACGCAAGGAGAAGCCGACGGCCGCCGCGGAGGAAGAGAGGUCCGACUCCGGCAACGAAGAGGUGUCGACGGCCAAGCAGCUGCUGGACACCACCACCAGCUUCUGAGGAAAACAAAUGAAUAAAAAAAGAAGCAGAGAUAAGAUGGCUUGAGGCCAAGGCGUCUGCUCGUCUGCUCGGCGGGCGGGUCACCGAGAGAGGGGGAACAAUGGCAACGGCUGGAGAUUGCCGGUAUCGCAGGGAAUUUGUAGGCAAAUUAUAUAUUUACGUGCUUUCAAAGUGUGAUCUGAGGUACUCGCACCCACCUGCGCUUCAAUGUGUUCUCCAGAGAACAUCGUGAACAUAGGUUCCCCCAGCUAAGUUAUGGUCAGAAGACCGGCCAUUAUUCCAGCACAGCAGUUAGUGAAGAUAUUUGCACACGUAAAAGCCCGGCAUGAAAUGAAAGGGAUCAUGCUGCAGUAUAAAUAUAUAUUUAUAUGUGUAUUAUAUAUGAGUAUAUAUAUAUAUAUUUUUAUAUAUAAUAUGUAAAUUAAUAUAUAUUUAUAUAUAUAUUAUAUGUAUAUAUUUAUAUAUACAGUAUAUGUGUAUAUUUAUAUAUAAUUAUAUAUAUAUUCAUAUAUAUAGAUCAUCACUGAAUCGGAUGCGGAAAAAGUUCAUCCGUCGAGCCAAUCAUUUUUUAAAUAUUUGGAUACAAAUAUCUUAAACAAGAUAACAAGAACCAAAAUGUUAUUAAUAAUAAAUCUUUAACCUCUUAGUCAUUAGAUACUAGUCCCUAAAAAAAAAAAAAUCUUUAUUUAAAAGUUUAUUUUAUCUGUUCUCUUUUCUACAGUUGACCUUCUACCUUAACGAGCUCUACUUCACUGUGAUUCUUCUUUGUAGUAUUUGUGAAUAUUAUCUCAUCACUUCAUUAUCAGACACUCCUGGAGAUGUUUUUAAAAAAUGUUUGUAGUUGUUUGUUUUUUAAACACAUGUUUGUGCAAUGGGAGAAUAUCAGAGUUUUGUGAACUUAUCUUAGAUGUGAAGAUUCAUAUUUACAAAGUACAUUUUCAGAGCAUUUUUGCUCGAGUAGAAACCGCCCGAGGGUACCAGUGUCUGGUCGUGACUCGCAGCAGGGGGAGAAGCAAAACCUGCAGAACUUGAUCUCGGCACGCUGCAAUCUCUGCUCUCCCAUUCCCUUCUUCACCUGCACAGUUCUCGCACAAUGAAUAAUUGAACGCCGUUGUUUUCCUACAACUGCGUGGAGCGUACGACUCGAUUUCCUCCUCCGUUUUCCUCUCGAUGUGCCUUAUUUUUCCUCAGUGACUUUGAGCUGUAUUCUAUUUUUUUUGUUUUUUUUUAAAAUACUUGAUGCAAAAAAAGCUGUGUAGUUUACGUCGGGAACAUGUAUUUCCUCUGUGAUGGUGAAAAAGUGUGCAACUAAAUUCUUUUUGAGAAUUUACAAUGUUCGUCUUUUUUUUUUAUCGUGCAGAUUUGACUCCCUUUUGAAAUAAUUAGAAUUUUUGUUUCUUCGAGACUGUUUUUUUUUUCAUGUGUGUUUUGUUUUCACUGAGCCGAAAAGUUCUUUGUUUUUUUUUUGUCGUGCAAAGUUAUUCUUGUGAACAAAGUGACAGUCAGAAAGAAAGUCUUUUUUUCUCUCUCACGAUAACAUCACUGGAAUUUUUCUUGGUUAUUUUCGGGGUCGAGGUAAAAAGGCGGGGGGGGCGGGGGUGCAUUACUCUUGACACUGUUCAAAUACCUCAUGGAGUGGCAAUGUUGGGGCUAACCUGAGAUCCAAAGAAAAACUGUCCUCAAAACGCGCAUAUCGGGCACAACGCAUCGUCUUUUUAAGCGUUAUUGUCAUUUGAAACCCUGUAUACAGUAUAAACUCUUGUAUACUGUCCAGUCCUUUAUAACCGUGUUUUGUGUAUAUUAACACUUUAAAAAAAAUAAAAAUAAAAAUCUAUAGGCCGAUCGCGAUACGCGUCGUGAGUUCUAGAAUAAAAAAAACACCCCAAAGUGUAAUUUAUCUUCAAGUUAGCGAUGUGUGUUUUUUUUUUUUUUAAGUCAAAUAACUAAAUGUUUUCUUUUCUGCAGAAUGUCAUUUCACCUUCGCUUGUGUUAUUAAGAAAAAUCUGGGUGGCGGUUUUAUUUUGUGUGUCAGCAAUAAUUUGUCAACGGCCGUGCGUUACGUAACGCAUGAACGCCGCCUCGCUCCGGCCGCGCCGGCAGCGCUCAGCGAGACGCCCACGCUACGAUGAAGGAUGGCAACGCCUCAGUAAUGGAGAAUAUCUCUUUCAUCUUCAUUUUUUAAAUAUUGUUGUUUUCCAUAUGGGGUGUAAUGGUAAUCUAGUAUCAUUUAAAGUACUGAAUGGUUGUUAGUUUUCACAAUAUCAACAGGGAGUAUACUGUAUUAUCCCCUCAUAUGUGUGUAUAUACUAAUCUUCAUGUUGAUUUACAUGAUCAAUAAAUGUGUGUAUACUGAAGCUGCCUCCCCCCCCCUCAUGAGGUGAUGUUCUGUCAGAAUAAAGGCUGAUACCAAAAAAACUCA